GGAAUCAUGACUCCGCUGUCGAGGGCAGCCUCUGUGCAAGCUCCUCCAACAACAGACACCUUUCCCACAGCUCAUCUUCAAGGCAGAAUCCAUCACGAAGAAUCUCUGAGGACCUUUUCUUUCAUCUUUCCUCUCUGAAACAUUUAAGUUUUCUGAAAUUCAAAUUUUGCUACGACAAGAUGAGUGUGAAAAAAAAGGCUGCACUUGUCAUCAGCUGGCAGAAGUCAUUUUCCAUCAUGGCCCCUUGGAGGAAAGGUAAAGGAGGCAGUAGAAACACAUUACUGGACAGCGAGGUUGUCCUGACAAAAAUGAAGCUUUUUAUUGACCAGGACAACUCACACCCUGAGCUGAAUCCUCAGCUCGAUGAAAAGCCUGGGCAGCCUCAGAUCAAGCCUGGCUCCAAAUAUCUAUCUGCCAUUUUGUCAGAUACUCAUCUCUCAAACUUGUUCAAGUGUGAAUCAGAGGACUCUGGAGUGGAGCUUCCCAGCGGAGCUCAUUCACCAUCCACCCCAACAGGAUCUGAGCAGAGCUUUGUGGUGCACAGUCGAGAGUCUUCCUGUGACUCCUCCAACUCUGAGCCCACCGUCCUCUCUGAGAGCACUGAGAGAAACCAGGCAAACGACUCAGCGGAUAACAGUUUAAAUACAACAGUGGCUACACAGGAUAGUUUGUUAAUUCAUUCAAAUACACUUGUUUCUUCGGCUAUAACAGUAGAGUUGCACAUAGGUGAGGAUGUGAACCACUGCAGGGUUUCAGGUGCUGAACAAAGUGAGGAUGCUGAAGAGUCCAGGGCUGUGACAGGAAGGAGCAGCUCAGAGGAUACGAGGCUCGGAGAGCAAUCCUUAAUACAAAGCUGUGAUGACGUGACAAGCAAAGUCUUUGAACCUGAGCCUAUUAAAAGGAGUAUCACCAGUGACAGCCUGGAAGAGUACAUGGAUGAAUGCUGCAGAUUAAGUAAGGACUUCUUCAGAGACUACUGCAGCUGUGGUGCAGCCAGUUUAGCCUUCCAGGAUUUUCAGAAAACACAAUCCAGAGAUGAGUUUGCAUCACCCAGUGGAACUCUCUCAGACCUGUCGGCCAUUGCAGAGGUCACACAGCACCCACUCAUAUCCACCGGUGGAGGAGUUACAGGUGAUGGUUUAACUCUCGCUCCUCUGUGGAGGAAGAGCCGAAGCCAAAGGAGUCACACUGAGGGGGAGGUCCACGGGGACAGCACUGAGGGGCUCUCCAUCCAUCAGCACACACUGAGUGAAAACAGGACGUGGGCCCGAGUCAAAGACGUGGUGAGGAAGACUAAGCUAAGGAAUCACAGCAGGCUGGGAGCAGCCUCGGCUUCACUGAAGAUGUCCUGCCCACAGCUCUACAGGCCUGAUCUGGAACCAGUACAAUCAUCUAGCACCAGCAGGAACUCUAUGAUUGCUUUGGGCCACCGGAGUACACUGGACUUCCCGUGGCUUGAGUAAAGAUCCGGGUAGUGAAGAGUGCUUUUUAUAAAAGACCAAAUGAUGGUGGCCAGACGACGGCUGUAGCAUCUCCAAAAUAAUAAGAACGGUAGUUUUGAGUACUGAAGGUCUGCUGUCCUCAUCGUGACAUCAUUUCAUUAUCAGAAGAUAAACUGUGACGACUUCUGCAAACCAGGCUGUUUAUUUUGGACUAUACAGACUCUACACAGCAAAAUGUGCAGGUUCCGCAUACAGGGACAUAAAUUAUGACACGUUUUUACUGAUGUCUUAUGUCUUUUUUAUUUGUUUAUUUGUUUGUUCCUCUUUAAAUGCACCAGCAUUUCUUUCAGAUUUUGCUUCCAGACUGUCUUGUGAUUGUUUUAAAGUGUAAUAGUUCUCCGCUCAGUUUGACUUUCAAGGCUUUUAUUUAUGAAUGUUUUGAGGAAUCAGGAAAAGGGGACGACAAAGAAGAUGUAGCAGGUCUAAAAGUCUGCAGCACGUGAACAGUAUCUGAAAGUGAUGUACUCAAGAAAUGAGAUCAAAUCCAGCAAAGAUCUGACACAUGACCAGACAGAUGCGUCUGCCUCAUGUCCUCUUCAUCAAAGCUUCAUCAGAAACAGCCUCAGGAGAAGGCUGGCUGUCAGGAAGAUGGAGGAAAGGCUGAGGUUUGUCACAUUACACAAGAACUGGACUGAAGAUCAGUGUCAGCGGGUCCGAUGAGGGGCUGAAGCCAAAUUUGAAGCAUUAGUCAAAAGUUAAAACCAGCGAAUGAAGAUGUGAUUGGCUGAUUUCUGCCUCACGUUCUCAGUCAAGAAAUUACUUUAACUGACUUGUGGCCCAUUUCCACUGGCAGCCAUAUUUCCCAUCAUGCCUUUUACAUGUUCUCUGUCAGGUUUCGCUGAUGUUUUAUGCUUCGAGCCGUUCCUUUCCUCUGUCUUGUGUUUGUGUUUGCAGAAACAGCCUCCUCGCUCUCGAGUGUGAUGAGCAGUUGGAAACUUUGUGUAUUUACAUUCAUGAAGUCGUCUUUUGAUUGGUCGUCUUCUGCUUCUGUGAGACUGUUGUGCUGAGCUGGUUCAGUCUUCAUGUUGAAGACUUUUUAUUUGACUCUCCCGCCUAGUACGGCCUCUUCCACAGCAGCUCCUGUGACCUCAUACUGAGACUUGUAGCGCACAGCUACCAAAGCAGGUUCAACAUUUCACAGCACGUCCAGUGUAACAAGAGAAUAAAACAUCAUCUGGCCAUGAAA